AUGAUCUCUACAGCCAACACAAGUGGCACUCCGGCCGGUAGGCGGCAGGCUGUGCCCGAAGCGCCCAGCAAUCGAGUCGUUUCAAAACCUGUGUCCGACGCACAAGCACGCGACCCUCGCAAAUACCAACUGGAGCAGAUCAAACGACGCUUCUCCCUUAGGCAGACGAACCUGCAGAAUGGCACUACGCUCCUGGCUUUCAACCUCAAGCCUUCAGAUCCGGAUUUUCCUUUUGACUUGGACUUGUUGGACUGCGAGCUCCUGGUCCCCGCUGCCUACCCGGAUGCUGCCGCAGCACCCGUCCUCAAGGUGAAGAAUAAAGACAUCCCUCGCGGCUUUGCCAUAAAUAUCGAGCAAGGGUGGGACAAGCUCGUAGAGGAGAGACGCGAGGCGACGCUGUUGGCACUCACAAACGCCCUCGACAGGAGCCUGGAGACCUACUUGUCCGAGAAGAAGCAGGACACCGUCACACUUAUGUCCUUCAAAGACACAAGGCAUCUGGAGUCAGAGACUACGACCCUCGGCAAGCAGCAGCCGCCAGUCAAGAACGUGCAAGAACCAUCGGGGCCGGUUUCUUUGCCCAGCAGAUCUUAUCUUCCCGAGCCUUCGUACACAAAAGACGAGAUCAAUGCGGCAAAAGCUCGCAGAGCACAGGAAACCCGACAGCUCGAAGCCCGCAUGAGUCGUUUAUCCAUGUACCAGCGUUCCAGCGACGGUGUGGUGUACACGCUACCCUUGGAGCCUCGGAGGCGUACCGAGCUUCCUACGGGGUUGCAAGCGGUGCAGUCUGUGCAGCUGAUUGUGCCUCUCCUGUACCCCUUGCAGCCACUGCGAGUUCUGCUCAACGAUGUCGAGUCCAAGGACGCAGAGGCUGUCGAGGAGCUCUUUGCAAAACGGGCGGCCCAGCAGACUCAGAUGUCGCUCAUGAGCCACAUCAACUUCCUGUCCCAGAAUAUGCAUCUUAUGGUGAAGCAGGCUCAGCAACAGGAGGCCAAGCAGCGGCAGGAGGCUGCUGCUGCUGCGAAGGCCGCUGCCGAUCUAGGCACAAGCACAGCACAAUCAGAGAAGAUGCCCGUCACAAGUUCUAGCCAUGGCAAAACUCACAUCCAAGUCAUUCCGCGGCCGCCAGAAUGGAUAUGGAUUGACAAGGCGGACGACACUGAGAGUUCUGAUGACUCUUGGGAUGAGCUCGACUCCGACGAGGGCGGAGUGGCUGUCAAUCCGCAAGAACCCUCAACAGCACCCCUUCAUCAGCCGGAGAGAGGUACAGCUAUAUCGUUCCCGUCCAUAGAGCUUCACGGCAUUGAGCUGUUCCAGGUUGCACUCCUCAGUCUAAGCGUCAAGUGUGAGCGGUGCAGAACGAUCAAUGAUCUCACAGGGCUUAGACCGGGGCUGGAAAAGUCGAGUAGCUGCAAAAAAUGCGCCACGCCAUUCGCCACAACUUUUCGCCCGGAAAUGGUGCAUCAAGGCUCAACCAGAGCUGGCUUCAUAGACGUAUCCGGCUGCACGGUCGCCGAUAUGCUGCCAAGUACCUUCAUACCUACAUGCUCCACCUGCUCGACCGCAAGCCCAGGACUUGUGUCAGUGCGCGGCGACGUCACGAACAAUGUCUGCCGCGAGUGCCACAACAAGUUCAGCUUCAAGAUCCCAGAUGUAAAGUUCCUCGCAAUCACCCGCGGUGCAACACUGCCGCCGUCCGCCGGACCACGGCGAAAGCUCGAAAAGCUCGGUUUACACGUCGGAGAGCAAUUACCCGACAGAGGAUCCUGUCCUCACUACAAGCGCUCAUAUCGCUGGUUCCGCUUUUCCUGCUGCAGCAAGGUGCACCCGUGCGACAAGUGCCAUGACGAAGCCGAGGACCACAUCAAUGAGUGGGCUAACCGCAUGAUUUGCGGCUGGUGCAGCCGAGAGCAGAACUAUGCUGUCGAGGCGUGUGGUUUCUGUGGCAGGAGCGUCAUUGGAAAAAAGGGCCGCGGGUUCUGGGAGGGCGGCAAGGGCACGCGGGACAAGACUAAAAUGAGCCGGAAGGAUCCGCGCAAGUACAAACGUGUAGGUGGUGGUGAGACCAAGAAGAAGGAUUGA